ACAGGAAACUCCCUGCCAGGCGCGGCCCAGGAGCGGAGCCGCCGGGCCGACGCGACCCUCAGUGGCCGGGCCGAGCGGAGCCCCCGGGCGGGCGGACAGACAGACAGACGGGCUCCUCCCGCCGCCGGGCAGCGCCGCUCCCGGGAGCCGGCGGAGAGCGGGUGCAAAAUGACUGCUCAAGUGACUCUGGAGGAUGCCUUGUCCAAUGUUGACCUCUUGGAAGAAUUACCAUUGCCGGAUCAGCAACCAUGUAUUGAGCCCCCACCAUCAUCUCUUCUGUACCAGCCAAACUUCAACACUAAUUUUGAAGACAGAAAUGCAUUUGUCACGGGUAUUGCAAGAUACAUUGAGCAAGCUACAGUCCAUUCUAGCAUGAAUGAAAUGUUAGAAGAAGGUCAGGAAUAUGCAAUCAUGUUGUACACAUGGAGAAGUUGCUCAAGAGCCAUUCCCCAGGUCAAGUGCAACGAGCAGCCUAACAGAGUAGAAAUUUAUGAGAAAACUGUGGAAGUUCUGGAGCCAGAAGUGACAAAACUGAUGAAUUUUAUGUAUUUUCAGAGAAAUGCAAUUGAACGGUUUUGUGGAGAGGUGAGACGCUUGUGCCAUGCGGAGAGAAGGAAGGACUUUGUGUCUGAAGCCUAUCUGAUCACACUGGGCAAAUUCAUCAACAUGUUUGCAGUGUUGGAUGAGUUGAAAAAUAUGAAGUGCAGCGUGAAGAAUGACCACUCAGCCUACAAGAGAGCUGCUCAGUUCCUGCGAAAAAUGGCAGAUCCUCAGUCCAUUCAAGAGUCUCAGAACCUUUCCAUGUUCCUUGCCAACCACAACAAGAUAACACAAUCUUUGCAGCAGCAGUUGGAGGUCAUCGUUGGCUAUGAAGAGCUGCUUGCAGAUAUUGUGAACUUGUGUGUGGACUACUAUGAAAACAAAAUGUAUCUAACACCCAGUGAGAAACAUAUGCUUUUGAAAGUAAUGGGCUUUGGAUUAUACCUGAUGGAUGGAAGUGUCAGUAACAUCUAUAAGUUGGAUGCAAAGAAAAGGAUAAAUUUAGCCAAGAUAGACAAGUACUUUAAGCAGUUGCAGGUUGUCCCACUGUUUGGUGACAUGCAGAUUGAACUUGCCAGAUACAUUAAGACCAGUGCCCAUUACGAGGAAAAUAAAUCCAGAUGGACGUGCACAUCUUCCAGCAGCAGUCCCCAGUACAAUAUAUGUGAGCAGAUGAUCCAAAUCAGAGAAGACCAUAUGCGUUUCAUAUCCGAGCUGGCUCGUUACAGUAACAGUGAGGUGGUGACUGGGUCUGGUCGACAGGAAGCUCAAAAAACAGAUGCGGAAUAUCGGAAGCUCUUUGAUCUCUCUCUCCAAGGCCUGCAGCUUCUCUCCCAGUGGAGUGCCCAUGUCAUGGAAGUGUACUCAUGGAAGCUAGUUCACCCAACUGACAAAUAUUCCAAUAAAGAUUGUCCUGACAAUGCAGAAGAGUAUGAAAGAGCAACAAGAUACAAUUAUACUAGCGAGGAGAAGUUUGCUUUGGUUGAGGUGAUUGCCAUGAUCAAAGGUCUUCAGGUGCUGAUGGGACGAAUGGAGAGUGUUUUCAAUCAUGCCAUUCGUCAUACAAUUUACGCAGCUCUUCAGGACUUUGCCCAGGUCACGCUUAGGGAGCCAUUAAGACAAGCCAUUAAAAAGAAAAAAAAUGUCAUUCAGAGUGUUUUGCAGGCCAUAAGGAAGACAGUGUGUGACUGGGAAGCAGGUCAUGAGCCAUUCAAUGACCCAGCUCUAAGGGGAGAGAAGGACCCCAAAAGUGGUUUUGACAUCAAAGUCCCAAGACGUGCAGUGGGACCUUCGAGCACUCAGCUUUACAUGGUGAGAACUAUGUUAGAGUCCCUCAUUGCUGACAAAAGUGGUUCCAAGAAAACCUUGAGAAGUAGCCUUGAGGGGCCCACCAUAUUGGACAUAGAAAAAUUCCAUCGCGAGUCUUUCUUCUACACUCAUUUGAUAAAUUUCAGUGAAACCCUGCAGCAAUGCUGUGAUCUGUCCCAGCUGUGGUUCAGGGAAUUCUUCUUAGAGCUGACCAUGGGCAGAAGAAUCCAGUUUCCCAUUGAGAUGUCCAUGCCUUGGAUUUUGACGGAUCAUAUUUUGGAGACAAAAGAGGCAUCAAUGAUGGAGUAUGUUCUGUAUUCUUUGGACCUUUAUAAUGACAGUGCUCAUUAUGCACUUACCAAAUUUAAGAAGCAGUUCCUCUACGAUGAAAUUGAGGCAGAGGUGAACCUGUGUUUUGACCAAUUUGUCUACAAGCUGGCAGACCAAAUAUUUGCAUACUACAAGGCAAUGGCUGGCAGCCUGCUUCUGGAUAAACGGCUGCGUUCAGAGUGCAAGAACCAGGGAGCAACCAUUCAGCUGCUGCAGUCCAACCGCUACGAGACACUGCUGAAACAGAGACACGUUCAACUCCUUGGCAGGUCCAUAGACCUGAACCGGCUGAUCACUCAGCGCAUUUCGGCAGCCAUGUACAGGUCGAUGGAACUGGCCAUCGGCAGAUUUGAGAGCGAGGAUUUGACUUCCAUUGUGGAGCUGGAUGGCUUGAUAGAGAUAAACAAAAUGACUCACAAGCUUCUAAGUAGGUAUAUGACCUUGGACAGCUUUGAUGCCAUGUUCAGAGAAGCCAACCACAAUGUUUCAGCCCCUUAUGGCAGAAUCACUCUUCAUGUCUUUUGGGAACUCAAUUAUGAUUUCCUUCCAAACUACUGCUACAAUGGAUCCACUAACAGAUUUGUUCGGACCGUGCUGCCAUUUUCUCAGGAGUUUCAGCGUGAUAAGCAGCCUAAUGCACAGCCACAGUAUCUCUAUGGAUCAAAGGCAUUGAAUUUGGCAUAUUCCAGCAUUUACAGCAACUACAGGAAUUUUGUUGGUCCCCCUCACUUUAAGGUCAUCUGUAGACUUCUUGGAUAUCAGGGCAUUGCUGUGGUGAUGGAGGAGUUGCUGAAAGUUGUCAAGAGUCUGCUACAAGGGACCAUUCUUCAGUAUGUCAAGACCCUAAUGGAAGUGAUGCCUAAGAUCUGUAGGUUACCAAGACAUGAGUAUGGUUCUCCAGGUAUCUUGGAGUUUUUUCACCAUCAGUUGAAGGACAUUGUUGAAUAUGCAGAACUGAAGACUGUCUGCUUCCAGAAUUUACGGGAAGUGGGAAAUGCUGUCCUGUUUUGCCUUCUCAUUGAACAGAGUCUGUCUCUAGAGGAAGUGUGUGACCUGUUGCACGCAGCGCCAUUCCAAAACAUCCUGCCCAGGGUUCACGUCAAAGAGGGUGAAAGACUUGAUGCUAAAAUGAAGAGACUGGAAUCAAAAUAUGCUUCACUACAUUUGGUUCCUCUCAUUGAAAGACUUGGCACACCCCAGCAAAUAGCAAUCGCAAGGGAAGGGGACUUGCUGACCAAAGAACGCCUCUGCUGCGGCCUGUCCAUGUUUGAGGUCAUCCUGACGAGGAUCCGCUCCUUCCUGGAUGAUCCCAUCUGGCGCGGACCCCUGCCCAGCAACGGGGUGAUGCAUGUGGAUGAGUGUGUGGAAUUCCAUCGCCUCUGGAGCGCAAUGCAGUUCGUCUACUGCAUCCCCGUGGGAACACACGAGUUCACUGUGGAGCAGUGCUUUGGGGAUGGCUUGCAUUGGGCUGGCUGUAUGAUCAUCGUGCUUUUGGGACAGCAGCGGCGCUUUGAUGUGUUGGAUUUCUGCUACCACCUGUUGAAAGUCCAAAAGCACGAUGGCAAAGAUGAGGUUAUCAAGAAUGUGCCUUUGAAGAAAAUGGUUGAGAGAAUUCGCAAGUUCCAGAUUCUGAAUGAUGAAAUAAUUGCUAUUUUGGACAAGUAUUUGAAGUCCGGUGAUGGAGAGAGCACACCCGUGGAACACGUGCGCUGCUUCCAGCCACCAAUUCAUCAGUCCCUUGCCAGCAACUAGAUUCUCACCUAACAAUACUUCUUGCACCUCUUUAGGCUGAAAGUGUGAGGAGAAAAAAAAAGCAAGAAACAAAACCCACACCAACAGUUUUAAAGAAUACUCUCAUCUGUGUUUUUCAGUAUGCCUGUGCCAUUUGAGGGGCACACUGUUCUCUCCAGUUUCCAAGCACAGUAACUGUAUACAAUCCAUACUUAUUUUUCUAGACUAAAAUUUUAUACACUUUGAUUAAAAUCCUGUAAGAUUUUUGAAAUCUCUUUGCAUUCCUGUCCCGAGAUGGCCAUUUUAGACUGGACUGGUAUAAUUUUCCCCUGAAGCUAUAGAAAUAAUGGCUGUGGAGGAUAAAAAAACGGUUCUGUAGAAAAAAUUUUUAGAAAUCAAUGCAUAAUUGUUUGUAUUAGAGCCUUAAUUGCUUAAUUUGCCUUUAUUAAAAAAAAAAAAGAGAAAAAAACAACAAAAGAAAACAA